GUUUGGGAGCGUUAGCUGACGGACUCUUGUCGAGUCAGUAGUCACGUGGUUUUAUCAUCAAAAAUAUGUCAGAAAUGUCAAAAAACUCCCUCCUUAAGAUGUUCGACAGUUCUGUCAAGGCAGUCGAGUGUCGCAGCUUAAUGGCGAAAUCCCUUUAAAUGUAAUUAAUUGCUGAGAACAAAGGAUAUAAAUCACCGAAACUUUGCAGAAAUUGCGUGGAUUUAUGCGGUAUCAUCAGGGAAAAUUGUCUUAGAUCCCAGAAAGUCUUCGGUUUAACCAUAAAAAUGGAAACCGUGGAGCAAGAACCUGGCGAUGAUUAUUAUUUACAAUUGUCAACAGACCCUAUAAGAUUCGAGUCAGUGAGUUGUCUCACCAAUGUUUUCUUCGAUGACUCGAAACAACAGGUUUUUGCUAUCCGCUCAGGUGGAGUUACGGGCGUUCUCGUUAAAGGACCAUCCCAGGAUAUAAGUUUUCGAAUGGAUGACAAGGGUCCGAUAAUUUCCAUUAAAUUCUCACCGGACAUGAAUAUCCUAGCAAUCCAACGAAGCACCUCUUCAGUAGAAUUCGUUAAUUAUUCCUCCUCCGCGGUCUUGGACGGCGUUGAAUAUUCGCUGUCUUGUAAAAAGAAUGCCUCCAUUUUAGGCUUUGUCUGGACCCACGGAAAUGAAAUUUUAUUCGUCACUGAUCAUGGAGUAGAAUUAUUUCUCGUAGUACCAGAAAAACGUGGCACAAAAGCUCUGAAAUCUUUGAGCUUAUCUGUCCACUGGUUUGUAUUCUGUCCACGCAGUUAUCUAGUUCUCCUCUCUUCGGGAACCGCAGGCAAUCAAAUGCAAGCUCUACAUAUAACACCGGGAAACUUGCAGAAGAUAACUAAGUUUGAAAUGGAAGCGGGAACUACGAAACCGGGAAAACUUGCUGUUUCGGAAAGAGAUGUGGCAUUGGCUGUUUUGUAUGGAACGCCCUGUAUAAUUGUUUUGCGUCAUCAACCCGGAAUUAAUCGAUCAGUGGGAUCGGCAUUCGUUUAUGUAUAUACUGUUCAUAAAAUGGUGACCAUCAAGAAGACUUAUAUUCUGAGGCUCGAAAUGAGUGGGAGGUUCGCUAUUAAUGUUGUAGAUAAUUUAAUCAUUGUUCACCAUCAGGCGUCGAAAACUUCAAUGGUAUUUGAUAUUAUGCUGACUUCCGUUGGCGUAAGCGAUGGUGCUGUGAUUCAUCAUACUGCUGUAACAGUUCCAAAACCGAUCAAGCCUUAUAAUUUAAAAGUGCCUGGUGCAACAUUGUCAGAACAGGUCCUGCAACCAUGUCAAUUGUAUUCACCAAACUGGGUUGUUUUUCAACCGAACAUUGUGAUUGAUGCCAAAUUAGGUUGUUUAUGGUACAUUGAAUUAAGACUUGAAGCAUUUCUUAAACUCAUGUCUGACAAAGUCCUCCUCAUUGACUUUCUACUUCAGCGCAAAGACGCGAAACCAUUUUUCAUACAAGUUUUACAAAGUCUUAUGACUCAGAUGCCGACUACUUUAAUCGACAUGCCCAUUAUUUUUGACAAACUAAAUUCCGUCUACCGAUGUCAACUCGAAAGUGAAUUGCAGUGCCAGAUGGGAACACCUUUGCAAAGCAAUUCAAAAAAUCAGAGCGAGGAGUCAGAAAAUUUGAAGUACAAGUUGGUACUUGAUCAGAGUGAUGUGUACAGUCAUAUUCUUUCGAAGUUCCCUGAAAAUACGAUAGAACCGAAAAUGGUAAUUUGGGUUCUGCUUGAAUAUAUGAGAUCUCUGACAGAACAUGGCAUCCCAGUGCAGCACUAUUUGCACGAACUCGUUAUAACGACUUUAGUUCAGAGAAAAGCUUAUUAUCAACUUCAUCAGUUACUGCAAUAUCAUGUUGUUACUGAUUCAAAACCUCUUGCAUGUUUAUUACUUUCCCUCGAGAAUUUGUAUCCUGCUGCACAUCAGCUCGCUUUAGAUAUGCUUAAACGCCUGGGAAAUGCGCACGAGGAAAUAAUCGAAGUUUUAUUGUCCAAAGGACAUAUAUUACCUGCCUUAAGAUAUGUUCGAUCAGUAGGAAUGGCAGAUCAGGUAUCGGCAAGAAAGUUCCUGGAAGUUGCAAAAGCCAAAAACGACAACCUACUUUUUCACUCAGUAUUUGAGUUUUUCGAGCAACGAAAUAUGAAAUUACACAAUACGGCAGCUUUUCAGAAAGGAGAGCAUUGUCAGGCGUACGUCCAACAUUAUAAGCACUUAUUCUACAGUGUAGACAGCAGUUCUGCUUCUGACACUAAUUCCAAUGUAUCCAGUACCUUAUAGUCCAUGUCAUAUAAAGGGCAUCAUCCUGUACAAAUACGUAAAUAUUAGGUAUAAUUUUUAUUAAGUAUUUAAAUAAACUGAGGAGUUCAGUGUUUCAA